CAUACUUUCACUAAUCAGCACAGAACGGAUACGAACACGGGAUAGCCCGUCACCGACGUUGAGUCUGUACAAGUCAUAGUACUUGUGCUUAUCCCGUUGGAACGAUGAAAUCUUAUGUUCUGCUCGGUUUUGUGCCAUUGUCUGCCGUGGCCUUUUGCGUCGUCCCACACGUUUCGCGGACAAAUAUGAUACUAUCCUCUCGCCGGCAGAAAGACUCCCUGAUUGCAUUGCACAUGGGCAAAGGCUUGAAUAGCUUUCGCAAUAAGCAGGCGGAAUUAAAAAGAAAGAUGGAAAUUGCUAAGCAACAGAAGGAAAUAGACGGCGAGGAAGUUCCGGUCAUCGACGAUGUAACUGAGAAAACUUCAUUGACGGAUAUCGAGAUUAAAGAGCAGAACGACCGACUACGAUUUCAAGAGCUUCUGAAAAGGAGCGCGUCAAAUGUUCUCAACGAUUACAGUUCGGAUGGAUAUUUGAGCAAGGAUCAAGAGGAGGAAGAGAUCGAGGCAGCACGAGCUGGUGUCGAUCGCUUAUUCGAAGGUGACCCAGCACCAGUGGACUGCUUUGAGGAGAUAGUGAACAUCAAGUCAGAGAACGCAAUUGGGCGAACUGGCAAAGAACGUCUCGUCCCGUGGCUUCGGAAGAACCCUGAUAGGCAACGAGACUAUCUGAUUGUACUGACGGAUCCUCGACCAAAGUCCGAUGAGCUUCGGGAGACGAUAAACUCUCUUGUAUCGACGUUGCCUUCCGAUAUUUUAUCUCGAAUGAUUGUUAUCAAUGCGGACAGUCCGUCGGAAAACCGCCGUUGGCUCAAGAAGAGUGGCUUCGAUGAAAAGAUUGACGUGUACUCGGAUGAAAAGCUAGAAUGGAUGAGAGCCUACACGGCACUUGGGGAAAAACGUUGGAGUAUGACAAUGUUUGUUAUUGCUGAGGAACGCAUCCAGAAGCUUGCGCGGGCUGUCGAUCAAUAUGCUGCACCUAAGGUGUUUCGUAACGCAGUGAAAGUAUUGAAUGACUCAAGGCGCUCUCGUAAGCUCACCAGUCAUGUACAUACACACCACGCUUCUAAAUCGAAUGGAGGACUUACACAAGGGGCGGCGGAUAUUCGACCCAAAUUGCGCGCGCGGAAAGUUACGUUCAAUGUGGUACCCAACUUACACAGACGAAAGUAG